CUCUCCGCAAGCAUCCCCUCCCACAUCAUCCUACACCGGGGUGUCGGAUUCCCCAAUUGGCUAUUCUUUCGUUUGUACAAACACAUGCUGUACUUCAUGUUCGCUUCAUUAUUACCCGCCCGUUUGAUAUAAUCGAGGUCGCCCUCGCCGCCGUACGCGCGUACACGUAGCCCUCGAGGCAGUUGCGCAUCUAUCCAGCAGUCGCCAUGGUCGCCCCUCGGAAAGCCGCGCUCCUGGAGGAGAGCGCGGAAGUCGAAGUGCUCUUCGCCAACAUGGAGAAAAUGAAGACGCUCACCAAGAAGAUCCAAGGCUCCGUUAAUAGGCUCGAUGCGAGCGGAAAGGCAGUCCAGGAAGCAAUCGGCCCAAUCUACGGCAACACGCAAAAGCUGCAGAUAGCAAACACAAACGUCGACCGUAUAAUAGACGCAAUCGACCGCCUCCGAGCCCCGCGCGAAGAAAGUGCAAAGGAAGAGAGGAUUAUCCGCGCUGGACCUGGACGAGGAGACCUGGACGGCUACAUUGCUUCGCUCGACCGCACCAAUAUGAGCCUCGCAGACCUCAAGCGCACCAACCUUCGCUCCAACGAACAAGCCGUCGCAGAGCUUAGUGGGCUCUUGAAGCUGGGCAACAAGCAAUUGGAGGAUGUGUUCCGCGGCAUACUGCAGGAUAGCGCGAGAGAGAAGGUCCAGGCAUUGGAAUAUGUCGCAAAGCAGAAUCCCUUCCCUCGUAUGCCCCAAGAUAAGCUCCAGAGCUUACGCAGCAUCAACUCGCACAUUUCCAAGUCCUUCGCCCAGUUAUCGCAGGUCGAUCUUUCGCAGACUCCCACACGAAGAAUAUACGCAGAUGUCCGGGGCGAAUACCUAGAGAGUGCAUUGAGGAGUCUCAUGCAGGCGACCAUCAGCACAGCCAGGAAGGUGCAGGCAGAUGCGCUGUACAAGAAGGGUACUAAUGGUAUCGGCACAUACGUCCAAGCGAUAGAGGGUCUCUUUGUGGCGGAGUUCGACAACCUGAACUACGUCUUCGACAGAGAGGAAUGGAGCGAUGUCUACGAGUCAACGUGCCAGGUCCCACUGCAGGACUUUAGCAAGACUCUGCGUGAGCUGAAUGGGCAUAUUCAGAAGAACUUGCUGACGGACUGCUUCCUUGGAUAUGAGAUUUGCGGGUUGGUCCGGACGCUGUCGAUGCGACUGCAAAAGCAGACUGGCGCCCUGAAGGAUCAGAUCUACGACAGCGUAAAGCCGGUUAGAGAGACGUCGAAAACGUCGCUGAGCAAGAUGCUCGAAGACACGCGGUCAAGAACGCAAGGACUCAUUGCGCUUCCUAUCGACGGCGGCCCGGUGGACAUCACAACACAGACGAUGCGACGCUUGCAAGAGAUGACCAACUACCUCGAACCACUCGCGUCGAUAUUGGCAUCUCUGGGUGAGGGCGGCUGGAACUCUGGAUCGGCCAAUAACUCAUCCACAACUUUGGAUGUUGGACCGGACGGCGUGAAGCUGUUCGGGUCAUAUGCGGCGGAUACUGUCGAUACACUUUUGCAGAACCUGAUUGGCAAAGCAAAGACACUACUGAAGGGCAAGAACCUACAAGGCGUCUUCAUGGCGAACAACAUUGCUAUCAUCACACGUAUCAUCCGCUCUUCAGAACUUGCACCGCUCAUGGACGGCUACUCCAAAAAGCUGGCAGACUGGCGUAAGCAAGGCACGGCCAUGUAUCUUGAAGCGUGGCGUGAGCCGUCAGGGUACCUACUGGAUGUGCAGUACACGAACCGUAGCAAGGAGCGCCCAACGUCAGGCGGUGCAGAUUCAGCAGCUAUCGUAAAGUCUCUCAGCUCCAAGGACAAGGAUGCAAUCAAGGAGAAGUUCAAGAACUUCAACACAAGCUUCGACGAUCUCGUCACACGACACAAGGCGUACGCAAUGGAGCCCGAAGUGCGGAACCAGCUUUCCAAGGAGGUACAAAACAUCAUCGAGCCCCUGUACAACCGGUUCUACGACCGCUACCGGGAGAUCGACAAGGGGAAGGGCAAGUACGUCAAGUACGACAAGACCGAGUUGAACAGGGCAUUGGCGAGCUUUGCAUAGCGAGAAACUGCGGCGUUGGAUUGGAGUUGUUUGCUUGGGACAUGCGCAAAAUACCCUUUGAUUUGCAUAGAUAAGACGAUGAACUGGAUAUGGGUAUGCUGAUGGUCGGGAUGGACGCGAUGUAAUUGGACAAGUGUCGAGUCUCACAUCUCGUGUUCUGUGGUGCCACGCUGCAGCAGCGUGAGUGGCAGCCUUGGGGUGCGACAGCGGUGUCAGGGUUGAGGCAGAUAGUCGUGAGGAAGCAGCGACCGCUUAAUGUCUAGUCAACGCACUGCUC